CAGCUCUGAAACACUAACAACAAAACACUUCCAGACAAAACAGCGCCUCAUAAUAUCCACACCUUCUUUUGUGUCACAAAAUUUUAGUCUUUUUUUUUGUGCUCUCAAAUAGUGUGAAGAAAAACUCCAACCAUUGCAGUUGGAAAACAUCACAAUUCACAAGCUCGGUAAGACCAAUUAAAAUCUUCCGCACCCUUCAUGGUCAUGCUUUGCAUGAUGAUGCCUUUGGUCUAUGGAAAUUUGAAUAGACAUGGCCAUAGUGAUUUGAGAGUCAGAGAUUGAUUUUCUGUGCUUCCAUAAUAACAAAGUGCUUCUGGUUUUCAGUCUUCAUCCUACAAAGUCUUAGAUACUAUUCAGUAUUCAGUAACCAAAGAGAUGCUUCUCUGAGAGCCUUUAUCUAGUGGGAUUCCUCACAGAUAUUGCCAUAACUCAAAAAGUAGUACACUUCUCUGACAACCAUCCAAAUUCUCUGUCCUCAACACUCAAGUAAGUAACCAUCCAGUGCAAGGAGAAAGCUUUUCACACGUCCGAGAUGUUUCACCUCUAUUUUGUUCAAAAUUUUCAAGCUCAUUUCUCCAAGCUUUUCAAGCGGCAGAGAUAGAUUCUUCAGCUGAAAUCAAAAGGGUACAAGAAUUCUGAGUUUAGCACUUGAAUUGUUUGUGUUUAUGACGAGGUCGACACAGAUAAUGGCUCUUCAUCACCGCUUCUUGCUUGACUCCAAUUCAAGCACGCCUGCACCAAGUAACGUGAAUAGGACAAGAGAGGCUUUCACAGGUGAUGCAAAUUUUGACACCAAUAUGGUGAUUAUCUUGGCUGCGUUGCUUUGUGCGCUUAUAUGUGCUUUGGGACUCAACUCAAUUGUGCGAUGUGCUCUAAGAUGUAGCCGCAGGUUUGCUUUCGAGACCCCAGAGGAGACUGCGGCACGUUUGGUGGCAAAAGGCUUAAAGAAGAGUGCAUUGCAUCAGAUCCCUAUAGUUGUUUAUGGUUCAGGUAGUGUCGGUAUUGCAGCCACAGAUUGUCCUAUUUGCCUUGGGGAGUUUCUGGAUGGGGAGAAAGUAAGAGUGUUGCCGAAAUGUAACCAUGGAUUCCAUGUAAGGUGCAUAGAUACAUGGCUCCUCUCACACUCCUCUUGUCCUAAUUGCAGGCAAUCUUUGCUUGACCAACCCACCAUUUCUGGAGCUGUUGCUGCAGGAAACAAUAACUAUGCAGGGAAUGCUUCAGGAGGACCGGGACAUGUGUCUUUAGCCGUGGUUGUGGAAGAGAUUGGUUAAUUGCAAACUUAGUCCUCCACCAAGGAACGGGUGAAUAAAUGGAGACUAGUUCGUUUAAUUUGGAACUUGUUUUUCAUGUUUACUGUGCAUCUGUGUAAUACUAUGAAAAAUUGAAGAUAUUGGGAUAGAUAUUAUGUGGGAAUAGUGCAUGUUUGGAUCAUGGUUUUAGAUCUCAGUCAGUGUUUGUGCAUGUUUUUCUGGCAUGAAAAAUAGUGCUGAAUCUCAAAUGCUUGUUGUCUGCAAAUAGAUUGAAAAACAAAAUAUGCACAAUGGCAUUGUCUCCAGAAAGCAGAAGAGAAAAAAAUAUUGUUAAUGAAUGACUAGCUCAAACUUGGAUCCAUGCAUGGCAUUGUCUCCAAAAAAUCGCAGAGAAAUAGAAAAAUCUUGUUCAGUUUUA